AGCACCAACCUCAGAUAUAGGAGCAUUACAUGGAUGAGAUAUGGAAGCCAUCAAAGAAGGAAGGUUCAAGUAGCCAUUGCUCCACUUCUUCCAAAUCUCUAUUUUCAAGGAGUUCUUCAACAAAGAGCUCUUCUUCAAAGUCCAAUCUCCUGAGGAGUUUUUCCCAGAAAAGCUCCUCCUCAAAGUGCACUCUUCCCCGGAGCUGCUCACAAAAGAACUCUUCCAUCGGCCGCAAGUGUACAAGCGUAGCAAAGGAACAGAAGGCUAGAUUUUACAUCAUGAGGCGCUGUGUCGCCAUGCUUGUUUGUUGGCACAAGCAUGGUGAUUCUUGAUGGGAAGACAAGUCAGAGAACCAAAAUAUACCUCUUAGAUUGAGUGCUUGCGGUGGCUUGCUCUUUUUUUUUUUUUUUCCCUUCUUUGUGCGAGGUGGAUCUUUGGGUUUUGUUCCAAAACUCAUAUAAAUUUUCUUGCCAUCCGAUCAAGAAGGAUUGGUGCCAUAUUUCGUUUUUUCUUCAAUUUCAAUCAGUUUGUAAUUAGAAUCGAAUUGAGCUACAAGUUUUUAAUACACAUUGAG